AUGUACAAUAUUUCAACGCGACUUGAUGCCUUGAAUAAACAGCUCUUAAUUAUUUCUAAAUUGCAAAAGAUGGAUGGAGAAUGUAGUGUGUAUCCCACAACAGUAUGUAAAAAACAACAGAUAAUCGAAGUUGCACAUAAAAAUACAGAUCUGUUGCAAGAACGUGACAAUUUAAAGAGCAAAUUACAAUCUUUAUUAGAAGAUGAAUCUAAAAGGUGUGAGGAAGUUAAAAAAGAAGUGAAUAGAAUGAAACAUGCUGUAAAAGAAAAAGAGAAUGCUUUAAAUAGAGAGAGAGCAGAAUUUAUGAAUAUGAUUUUAGAACUUACAAACGUAAUUAAUAUACAAAAGAGACGAAUAUGUGAAGUAAGUGGUAUAUGUAAUAGUCAACUACAUAGCAUACAUGAAAGAAAUGAAGAAUUAUCUCAAAAGAAUAUCGAGAUAUCGGAGAUGAAAAAUAUGUUACAAUCAAGCAACUCUACUUUUAAAGAAAUGGAGGAGAAAAUAGAUCAUUUGCAAUAUUGUUUAUGUGAAGAAACAACGACUUGUAACCAGCUGAAACAAGAAUUAGAAACUUUUAAAGAAAAUCAUUUAUCUGAAUUGAGAAUAAAAGACAAAAUUAUAGAGGAACAAAAUAAAACAAUUUCAAAACAAAAGAAGUUAUUACAUGACAGUGAAGUGAUGGUCCAGCAAGUUGCUUCCGAAUUUAAUGAGCUUAAAGAUGAAUUACACAAAGAAAGAGAGAAAAAUGAAUCUUUGCAAAUAACAUUAAAUGAGAAUGAUACUAAAUUAAGCAAGGUAUAUUUAUCGCAAUGUGAAAAAUGUAGAACACUUAUAGUCGAAAUAGAUUAUUUAAAAAAAGAGAAACAGAAGGCAAUAGCACUUACAAAAUUUGCUUAUCAAAAAUUGCAUCAAUCUAUGAAAGAGUAUAAAAAGAGACUCAUUUGUGAGAAACAGCAACACAGGUACAUGGCAUUGAUUAUUGAGGAAAGAGAACACGAGAUAGGAUGUUUGAGGAAUCAAAUUUGUCAGAAUAACAUGAGAAUUAUUUAAAA